GGCCAGAUGAUGAAGAUGACAAAGCUAUCCGGAGUUGGUAGACAGAGACUAGAGAGUUUGUGUCAGCUCGGUCAAAACUACUGACUGGUCAGAAGUAAACCGGUCGUUGCCUCGCAGAGAUAACGGUCCCCCGUAGGAAACUGGAGCGUAAGAGCAGCGUAAAGACGGAUCACCAUCAGUGGCCUCUGUACAGUUGCCUCCAACAAGAAGACAUCCAUACUCUACCUCCAAGGAAGAGACAGGUCAUGGAGAAGUAUUUUAGACCUGUUCACAGCCCCUCUGGCCAAGGUGAGAUGAAAUUGCAGAAGCACCACCAUCCCGAAGACCAGGAGUCGCACAGUUUUACACUCUUUGAGGACUCUGAUGUCAAUCAGGAAGAAAACCACCACCUCCAUGGAAAUGAUCACUACCCCUACAACAACCCUCAUCGUCAUCCAAUGCACCAAACUCCUCACAACCAAGAGGAUGAGAUACUUUACAACCACGGCACUCCUGUAACUCUCUCCAGAGCUUCAUCAUCUUCCCUUUCCUCAUCCUCCUCCUCUUUCUCCUCAUCGUCCUGGUAUACAGAGGCAAGCGCCAACAAUGCCUUCUCUCUGCGCCACGCUGAACGUCCGCCGCAUUCUCUGUCCUGCUCCAACAUCCCAGACGUCCGCAGGGUUUUCCGGGAAGAAGACAGCAGCGAGCCGGUUGUCUUUGCCACCGUCAAUCAUGGCAGCCGGAGCAGUGUUGGUUGUCAUGCUCGUGGCAGCUCACAACAGAAAACCAAGGCUGUUUAUUCAGCUCUGGACCGAGGUCAUAGCAGAAGCGAGGAUGGCCUUCUGGAGGGUUUUGAAGGAUGUGGUGGCAUAAAACCAUCCGAGGCACCGAGCAGCGGACAACUGUACAAGACGUCGAGUUUGACCCGGAGCCUGGCUUUCACUGACGAAGACAUUCUCUUAGGAGAUCCCAGAGGCCCAAAGAGAGCGGUAUCAUCCAGUCAGCUUCCCAGCAAAGGAAUCCUCAAGAACAAGGAGCCUCAUGCUGACAUACGAAAAGCUAAAUCCAUGGAGGUGAUAUCCCCAAGAGUUCCCACACGACAAGCGCCUCGUGGACAAAAGGGGACAGGCAUUGACUCAUCUGAGAUAGAGCGAGUGAGGGAAAAUGUCUUUCAGGGAAAGUUGCAAUUUUCUGCUUUCCUGGAUGAGAUUACUAAGCAAGUGAUAAGUCCAUCGUAUCUCACCAUGAUGGGUGCGAACAACAACAAAACAAGUAACAAGCCUUGCGCACCGGCUCCGACACUCGAACCAGUUAAGCCUCAACUCCCACCAAAGAAGAACAGGAAGAGCUUUGUCGAGAAGAGGGAAGAGUAUCCCAAACACAACAAGAAGCAGGAGAAAGGCGCCAGUGGCGGCCCUGGAAAACUGUCGGACUGCUCUAAUCCUGACAAACUGAUUUCAUAUGCGGCGCGCAGCCACCAGGGUAGCCCCCUACCCCAUCACUAUCGCUUCUCCCCAAGUCACAAUACUAACCAGGGAAAAUCCCGUAAAGAAAAGAGGAUGCCAUCCCUUGAGGGUUUCGUGUCUGAGAACAGCCUAGGUGUACCCCACCUAACUGAUGGAACCAGCUCCAGCCCGGAACCAAGUCAGCCAAAACAGCGGCACCACCACAGCAAGCAGCAAACCACCGCCUUCCAUAGUCCACAUACCCACUACUUCCCUCAACCUCACCAGGGGCAACCCAGUGCCAGCCGACCAGGGCACAGCACCGCGCCACCAUCUUCAGCGCAGCGUGCAAGACCUGGCCUGGGAUCAGAGUCUUCAUCUUCUAAGUCAGACUCGUCCAGAACCCGAGAGACAGCCUCCAGUCCUACCAGUCCCAGCUCGGAGCACAGCGGGAGGCAUCAUUCAGAGUCUUCGGUGACCUCAAAGCGAUGCAGAGACCGCCCGUGUGACUCUGAGCAGCUUCAGGUGCUCCGAGAGGAAAAUAGUGACCUUCACCAGAACUUGCUGCAGACUGUGGUCUGCAUCGAGAGCCUGGAGUCGGAGCUGCAGAGGACCAGAGACGAACUGAGCAACGUCAAAGAAAAAUACAAAAGCCUGCUGGAGUGUCACUCAGGAAGUAGGGCGGCCAACAACCUGCCUGGGGACAACUUGCACAUUGCGGCGGAGAGUGUGAGCAGCGACAGGAAGUACCUCCUCAGUCGCGUGUCCGACCUGACCUCCGAGCUGGAGGACGCUCACAGGACCAUCGAGUCGCUGCAGAACAUCAACCUUCCCUCCCUGAUGAAGGAUUUACUGCAGAAGCAUCUGAGCUCCACUGAGUCCGUGCCGACAACUCCUAUUCCUUCUCCACAUGCUCCUCGCACUCCUCAGUGGGAGGACGCCGCCCAUGCCUGCUUCGCCCAACCAGAGACCGCCGCCACUUUUGCUCCCUUCAAAAAAGAAGCGCACAAAACCGGCGCCGACCCCUGCCAGUCGGCGGGCCCGCUGGAGGACAUCAGCGCCGCCAUCUAUGAGAAAAUACUGGCCAGGUACACCAGUGUCUCCCCUCAUGAUCACCCCAAGUCCUCCGUUGGAGUCCCUCUCAGGCCUCGGCAGCUCCACGACGGCCCGGCUGGGAAGGGAGAGGUCCUGGUGACUCUUCUGGAGCAGGACGCCGUGGACGUGACCUCCAUGUCUGCACAGCAGAUCCUGGAUGAGUUCAUGCAGCAGAUGCACACCCACCAGGGGGAGAAGCAGGAGUGAGUGGUGCAGGAAUGGAGUCUUUAGACCAGGGGUCACCAACACGGUGCCCGCGGGCACCAGGUCGCCCGUAAGGACCAGAUGAGUCGCCCGCUGGCCUGUUCUAAAAAUAGCUCAAAUAGCAGCACUUACCAGUGAGCUGCCUCUAUCUUUUUAUUUUAUUUAUUUACUAGCAAGCUGGUCUCGCUUUGCUCAACAUUUUUAAUUCUAAGAGAGACAAAACUGAAAUAAAAUUUGAAAAUCCCAGAAAAUAUUUUAAAGACUUGGUCUUCACUUGUUUAAAUAAAUUCAUUUUUUUUUUUACUUUGCUUCUUAUAACUUUCAGAAAGACAAUUUUAGAGAACAAAUACAACCUUAAAAAUUAUUUUUGGGUUUUUAAACACAUAUACCUUUUUUACCAUUUAAAUUCCCUCCUCUUCUUUCCUGACAAUUUGAAUCAACGUUCAAGUAAAUGUAUUUGUUUUAUUUUAAAGAAUAAUGAAUAAAUUUGUAUUUAAUUCUUCAUUUUAGCUUCUGUUUUUAUCUAAGAAGAAUAUUUGUGAAACAUUUCUUCAAACUUAUUAUGAUUAAAAUAAAAUAAAAAAUAUUCUGGCGAAUCUUGAAAAUCUGUAGAAUCAAAUUUAAAUCUUAUUUCAAAGUCUUUUGAAUUUCUUUGAAAAUUUUUGUUCUGGAAAAUCUAGAAGAAAAAAGGAUUUAUCUUUGUUAGAAAUAUAGCUUGGUCCAAUUUGUUAUAUAUUCUAACAAAGUGCAGAUUGGAUUUUAAACUAUUUAAAACAUGUCAUCAAAAUUCUAAAAUUAAUCUUAAUCAGAAAAAAUUACUAAUAAUGUUUCAUAAAUUUUUUUUUUUUUUUUUUUUUUCAAAAAGAUUCAAAUUAGCUAGUUUUUCACUUCAUUUUUUUCGGUUAAAUUCUGAAUUUUGAAAAGUCGAAAUUGAAGAUAAACUAAGUUUAAAAAUGUAAUUUUCAUUUUUUUUUGUGUUUUCUCCUCUUUUAAACCGUUCAAUUAAGUGUUUUUUUCUUCAUUUGUUCUCUACAAAAAACCUUUCGUAAAAUUAAAAAAAAUGCACGACGGAAUGACAGACAGAAAUACACAUUUUUUUAUAUAUAUAGAUUUAUUCAUUAAAGGUAAAUUGAGCAAAUUGGCUAUUUCUGGCACUUUAUUUAAGUGUGUAUCAAACUGGUAGCCCUUUGCAUUAAUCAGUACCCAAGAAGUAGCUCUUGCUUUCAAAAAAGAUGGUGACCCCUGCUUUAGGAAGUAUUGUGAAAACCUACAAGUAGAAUCAAGUUUAGUCCUUAUCUGUCUAACGAACUUCUUUAAUGGAUUAAAGUUGUAACGAUUGCGGGGCAUCGUGAUGAUGAGGGUCGUUCUCUCAGGGAUGCAGUCGGGCUCGAACACAGCGGGAAGGUAAGAAAUAGUGGAUUUAUUUAACAAAUAAAAACAGACUUAGUCAAAACAAACAGAACUAGCAUGGGAGCUAGAAAAAAAACAAAAGCGCUAGCAUGGGAGCUAGAGAAAUAACAGAAAAAAUUGCACAAGGCACAAAAGGCAAAACAAAACUACUAGCAUGGGAGCUAGAGGAGCAUAGGUUUAGCGCAGAAGCUAGCAAGUACAGGUAUGAGAUUACUGAGUUGAGGAUCAAGGUCGUCACUGUUGUGCGAACACAAAUUAGGAGGCAAAACUGAAUAAACAAAAAAGGCAGGCUUAAAUAAAGACAGUAAUCAAGAGGCAGGUGAAUCGAAAGAGUAACUAUGGAAACAGAACAAACCAGGAACUAAGGAAGUCAAACACUAACAGAAUAUAAUACAAAAACGGAUCAAAAUCAGAAGAUGAUAUGAUCCGGGCAGCGGAUCAUAAAAAAAGUGUAGUUUUUCCAUUAGAGUUUUUGAAAGCUGCUGUUGGUGUAACUUAGAAAUGGACAAAUGAAGGGGAUACUUCUGCAAGAAAUGUCUGCUUUCCGUAAGAAAUUUUGUUACGAAUUAGAAGCGGCAAUUCCUGAAGGAAGUGCGUGUGAAUGCUCCAAUGCUGAAGUUGAAGUGAAAUGCUGACGGAAUGUACAAACCCUGUUUCCAUAUGAGUUGGGAAAUUGUGUCGGAUGUAAAUAUAAACAGAAUACAAUGAUUUGCAAAUCCUUUUCAACCCAUAUUCAGUUGAAUAUGCUACAAAAACAACAUAUUUGAUGUUCAAACUGAUCAACUUUAUUUUUUUUUUGCAAAUAAUAACUAACUUAGAAUUUCAUGGCUGCAACAUGUGCCAAAGUAGUUGGGAAAGGGCAUGUUCACCACUGUGUUACAUCACCUUUUCUUUUAACAGCACUCAAUAAACGUUUGGGAACUGAGGAAACUAAUUGUUGAAGCUUUGAAAGUAGAAUUCUUUCCCAUUCUUGUUUUAUGUAGAGCUUCAGUCGGUCAACAGUCUGGGGUCUCCGCUGUCCUAUUUUACGCUUCGUAAUGCGCCACAUAUUUUCGAUCGGAGACAGGUCUUGACUUCAGGCGGGCCAGGAAAGUACCCGCACUCUUUUACUACAAAACCACGCUGUUGUAACACGUGGCUUGGCAUUGUCUUGCUGAAAUAAGCAGGGGCGUCCAUGAUAACGUUGCUUGGAUGACAACAUAUGUUGCUCCAAAACCUGUAUAGACCAUUCAGCAUUAAUGGUGCCUUCACAGAUGUGUAAGUUACCCAUGCCUUGGGCACUAAUACACCCCCAUACCAUCACAGAUGCUGGCUUUUGAACUUGGAACAAUCCGGAUGGUUAUUUUCGUCUUUGUUCCGGAGGACACCACUUCCACAGUUUCCAAAUAUAAUUUGAAAUGUGCACUCGUCAGACCACAGAACACUUUUCCACUUUGCAUCAGUCCAUCUUAGAUGAGCUCGGGCCCAGCGAAGCCAGCGGUGUUCCUGGGUGUUGUUGAUAAAUGGGUUUUGCUUUGCAUAGUGGAGUUUUAACUUCCACUUACAGAUGUAGCAACCAACUGUAGUUACUGACAGUGGUUUAAUGACGUGUUCCUGAGCCCAUGUGGUGAUAUCCUUUACACAUUGAUGUCUGUUUUUGAUGCAGUACCGCCUGAGGGAUUAAAGGUCCGUAAUAUCAUCGCUUACGUGCAGUGAUUUCUCCAGAUUCUCUGAACCUUUUGAUGAUUUUACGGACCCUAGAUGGUAAAAUCCCUAAAUUCCUUGCAAUAGCUCGUUGAGAAAUGUUGUUCUAAAACUGUUCGACAAUUUGCUUACAAAGUGGUGACCCUCACCCCAUCCUUGUUUGUGAAUUACUUAGCAUUUCACGGAAGCUGCUUUUAUACCCAAUCAUGGCACCCACCUGUUCCCAAUUAGCCUGCACACCUGUGGGAUGUUCCAAAUAAGUGUUUGAUGAGCAUUCCUCAACUUUAUCAGUAUUUAUUGCCACCUUUCCCAACUUCUUUGUCACGUGUUGCUGGCAUCAAAUUCUAAAGUUAAUGAUUAUUUGCACACAAAAAAAAUGUUUAUCAGUUUGAACAUCAAAUAUGUUGUCUUUGUAGCAUAUUCAACUGAAUAUGGGUUUAAAAUGAUUUGCAAAUCAUUGUAUUCCGUUUAUAUUUACAUCUAACACAAUUUCCCAACUCAUAUGGAAACGGGGUUUGUAGUAUCAAUGGAAGAAUAGCUGGAAUGUUGGAAUGCUUUGAAUGCUGAAGGGUUGAGAUUUUCAGGAAAACGGGAUUUGGUUGUGAACUCUGGAAAGUGUUUGUUGGAUGAGUGGAAUGUGUUUGGAUAGGUUGAAAAAUGUGCAAAUUGUGGAUGUUUUGACGGUGGAACGGUUGAAGUUGGUUGAAAAAUGGGGAAGGAGUAGUCCACAGAAAAAAGGGUGAAGAAAGGGUUUGAAAAAAAGGGAAUUCCUGGAUUUUUUGUUGACCUUGGAAAAAUUAUAAUUUUAAUGUCCAGGAUGAGUGGAAUAUUUUGAAAGGGGGAAUAGGAUGGAUAGGAUGAAAAAUGUGCAAAUUGUGGAAGUUUAAAAAAAAUGGAAAAUUCAUUUUGAAUGGGGAAUAUGUCCCUUGAAAGUGGAAAUUCCUGGAAAUCCUGGAUUUAAAAAAAAUUAUUAUUGAAUUGAACACAAUUCCCAAACAGGCGGAGUAUGUGCUCUAAUUGGGUUGGUCUCCACUCUAGUGUGAUACUUUGACUUUACUUAGCCAUUCUAAAAUGCUCCAUUUAAGUGUAUGUUUGUAGAAUUUUGGAUGUGGUGAGCAUGAUUUGGCGGGGGACAAUCGUAUGAUCACAUUUGUGGAAACAUUGUAAAUAGUACUAUAUUAACACAAUAACACAAUCAUGAUUAUUAUUGCUUAAAACAAGUAGGGGCUUGAAAGUGUGACGUGGAAACACAAUUAAUUGUGAGUCUUGCAGGACUUUUACAUGACUGAGUACAAGACUUAUAUUCAGUUCUUCAGGAGUUCCAAACGUGGCGACAACGUGCGGCAUCAACAACAUCCGCAGUCGUGUUCAGGGUCGCUUCAGGAAAAAGAAAAUAUCUGGUGAGAUAUUUCUUAUUUCCGGCGUGAAAAGAAAGCCAGGGAAGUUGUGUUGUGAAGCUAAUAUAGCGAUGGUAAGCAGCCAUGAGACCAUCAAACAUGACUUUUAACACCAUCACCUGCUACAUGUUGGUGUUCCUUAGUUGCGAACCCAUUUGAUAAUUAUACGAAUGAUACUGCAAAAAACCACACUCAAAUGCUACAACAGUUAUUUUACAUGUGUAUUUGAUGUUUGUAUAUGAUGUCUAUGUAAAUGUAUAUGUGUGUUUUGAUGCAAUAAAUGUCAGGUAUGCUCCUA